UAAUAGCUCUAAAAUUUAUAUAGGUUUUCAUAUAUUUGAGCUCUUUAUUUAUAUAAUAGUUCGUUUAUCAAUCUGUUCCGGUGUCAGUCAUAGAAAUCUAUUCCUUUCCAAGGCUGGUAUCAGCCCACUUCUUGAUGUUGUUUAUAGCACAUGUUUAUUCAUUAAAUUCUGAUGAGUCAUCUGCUCUUCUUGCCUUGAAAGCCUAUAUCAGUCCUGAACCGCAAAAUGUCUUGGCAAACAACUGGACAACAGCUACUUCAGUUUGUAAUUGGAUUGGUGUCAUUUGUGGUGGCCAACCCCAGAGGGUCGUAGCCUUGAGCCUUUCGUCCAUGGGUCUAGAUGGCACCCUCCCUCCAGUUGGUACAACUCCAUCAGCUUUAGGCAGCAUAACUUCAUUGAAGAAGAUCGAUUUGAGCUACAAUAAGCUCUCAGGUUCCAUUGCUUCUACCAUUUUUAAUUUGUCUUCACUGCAAAUAAUUGAUCUUAGCCACAAUAUGCUAGCUGGUAAUCUUCCAGCAGACAUGGCCAACCGUCUUCCAGAAUUAAAGGAGCUUUAUCUCUCUCGGAAUCAACUUUAUGGACAGAUCCCAAGCAGUCUGUUCAACUGCCGACAGCUAAAAGUACUAUCUUUGUCUUCUAACAGUUUCACAGGAAAUAUAUCUAUAAAUCUUGGGAACUUGACCAUGCUCAAGGACUUGGAUCUUAGCACUAACAACUUUGAAGGCCGCAUUCCAAGCAGUAUUGGUAACUGUUCAUCACUCAAGACAAUAAACUUCAGCGAAAACAACUUGGAAGGUGCAAUGCCAUCAGAGAUUGGCCUCUUCCUUCCAAAUCUUCUUGAGCUUCAACUUCGGGGAAAUAAACUUCAGGGAACCAUUCCUAGCUCCAUCGCUAAUGCAUCUAAGCUCACUUUGUUGGACUUGGCUGAUAACUCAUUUACUGGCCCUAUUCCUAUGACAAUUGGCAGUAUGAAAAAUCUCCAAAAACUUGAUUUAGGACACAAUCAGUUAAGCAGUGAAUCCUACACUCCAGAAUCAAGCUUUAUAAAUUCAUUAACAGAUAACAGGAAUUUGAGAAAGAUAGUGUUAUCAGGCAAUCCUCUGGAUACCAUGCUCCCUAUGUCUAUUGGAAAUCUCUCCACUUCUCUUGAAUAUCUUGAGUUAACUAAUUGCAAACUUAAGGGCAGCAUUCCCGCUGAAAUUGGCAGCUUAAGCAGCUUGAUUUCCUUAAAGCUAGGAAACAAUGCAUUGACAGGUGUUAUUCCAGAUACAAUUGGACAUCUGGAAAACCUGCAAAGUUUGCAACUUCAAGGUAAUAAAUUACAAGGAUUCAUUCCUUAUGAUCUUUGUCUGUUGGGAAGGAUGUUUGAAUUGUUUUUAGGUGGCAAUGAGCUCUCUGGAUCCAUACCAGAAUGCCUAAGUAAUCUCACCGCUCUGAGGAACCUCAGCAUAAGCUCUAAUAGAUUGACUUCCACGAUACCGUCCAGCUUGUGGAGCCUUGUGGAUAUACUGGCCAUAAACCUGUCAUCAAAUUCUUUACAGGGGUCUCUCCCAUCAGGAAUUGGAGAUCUGAAAGCUUUGGUCGAAAUUGAUUUGUCAAAUAAUCAGUUAUCAGGCCACAUCCCAGUCAGUAUUGAGAAACUGAAAAAUCUAGUUUACCUCUCUUUUGCAGUAAAUAGAUUGCAUGGUCCCAUUCCAGAAUUCCUUGGUUUGGCUGUGGCCUUGGAAUUCUUGGAUCUCUCUCGUAACAACUUGUCCGGCGUUAUUCCAAAAUCCUUGGAAAAACUCCAUUACCUUAUAUAUUUUAAUGUGUCUUUUAAUCAACUCGAAGGGGAGAUACCCGGUGCGGGAUCCUUUGCUAACUUCAGAGCCCAAUCAUAUUUGAUGAACAAUGCACUUUGCGGUGCAGCACGAUUGCAAGUUCGGCAUUGCAGGACUAAAUCGACUGGUAAAAGAUUGCCGAAGACUAUUUUGCUUCUUACAAUGAUUCUGCUGCCGGUUACUGCAUCAAUUUGUUUCCUAUCACCAGUAUACAGGGUCAUAAAACACUGCCUGGAAAAGGAAGAGGAUCCACUCUUAACAACAAACAGAACAAUUUUGUACCAAGAAAUUGUGCUAGCGACAGAUGGAUUUAGUGAAAGCAACCUUCUUGGCACUGGAAGUUUUGGUUUUGUUUACAAGGGAACAAUGAAAGAGGAGAAGAACGUUGCCAUAAAGGUUUUCGAUUUGACUCUAGAGAGAGGAAUGAGGAGUUUUCAGGUUGAAUCUGAAUUACUGACUAAAGUUGGUCAUCCUAAUCUUGUCAAACUAAUGAACAGCUGCAGUGAUAAUAAUUUCAGAGCCUUGGUGCUGGAAUACAUGCCCAAUGGAACCCUGGAUAAGUGGCUUUACACUCACAAUUAUUUUUUGAAUCUCUUGCAAAGACUUGAUAUAAUGAUAGAAGUUGCAUCAGCUAUGAGCUACCUUCAUUCAGAACAUAUCAUUCACUGUGAUUUGAAACCUAGCAAUGUCCUGCUGGAUGAAGACAUGGUUGCUCGUGUAAGUGAUUUCAGCAUUGCCAAACUCCUAGAUGGCAGAGAUGCUGCAGUGCAAACAGGGACCAUGGCCACUAUUGGGUACAUGGCACCAGAGUAUGGAUCGAGAGGAAUUGUAUCUGAAAAAACAGAUGUCUACAGCUUCGGUAUUCUACUGAUGGAAACAUUCACCGGAAAGAAGCCUACAGAUAAUACAUUUAAUGGAGAAAUGAAUUUGAGGAGCUGGAUAUUUGAGUCAUUACCUAAUGCAGUGGACAGAAUCACUGAUGUCACUUUGCUGAAAAAUGAUCAAGAAGACAUAGCAGCUAAAACAAGAUGCAUAAAAUCAAUCAUGAAUGUUGCUUGGUUUUGUACUGUAGAGUCGUUUUCUGAGAGGAAGACUAUGAUAGAAGUUCAGUGCAAGCUCUGUAGGAUAAAAUCCCGCUUUUUAAGAGAUGCCAAAUUGAUAGAAGAAUGUGAAGUAACCCAAAUGGCAUUGCCUCCUAGGAUUUUGUUUCGAGAGCUCAUGUUAGCAACAGAUGGAUUUAGUGAAAGAAACCUGCUUGACUCGGGGAAAUCUAGCUUUGUGUACAAAGGAACUCUGGAAGACAAGUGCGUUGUUGCAAUAAAGAUUUUUGAUCUACAGAAAAGAGGGUUAGAAGGUUUUGAAGCUCACUGUCAAGCAUUGUCAUGUAUUCGUCAUCGGAAUGUUGUUAAACUCCUGAAAUGUUGCGUUGACAUUGAUUUCAAAGCCUUGGUGGUAGAAUACAUGCCGUACGGGUCUCUCCAAAACUAUCUACACCCUGGCAUGAAUAUCUUCAACUUUCACCAAAGGCUCGAAAUAAUGAUAAACGUGGCAUCUGCUUUGUCUUACCUUCAUUCUAUGCGUGUCAUUCACUGCAAUUUAAACCCCACCAAUGUCUUGCUAGAUGAGGAUAUGGUUGCUCGCAUAAGUGGCUUCAGCUUUUCCAAAGUCUUAGACAAAGGAAGUGCUGCAACAAUAACCACUACAAUGGCAGAAACUCCUGGUUAUAUAGCACCAGAGUAUGAAUCAACUGGAAAUGUUUCCGAAAAAACUGAUGUAUACUGUUUUGGUAUCCUGUUGAUGGAAACAUUUACCAUAUUAAACCCAACAGAAAUGACCUGGAGGAGCCUGAUUUGCGACUUAUUACAAUCGGAAGAUAAAAUCGCAGACCUCGUUUUUCAGCGAACUGAUCAGAAAGGCUUCACCGCUACUUCAACACCGACUAUAAGAUUUUUACGUACGAUCCUGAGAUUGAUUUAUUGUUGCACUUCAGAGUUACCUGAUGAGAGAAAGGGUAUGUGGAAAGUUGAAAAAGAGCUCGUAAGGUUGAGACAACAGUUUUGGUUCUGUUGAUGGAAACAUUUAAAGCCGUAGGACCUACGGAGGAAAUGAAAUGCAGGAGCUGGAUUAGCUAAUCAUUACAACCGGUAGACAGAUCUGAAAUUUCGACUUUGCCGCUGCUGCAACACUACUGCCAACUAAGAAUGACGGAGAUUGAAACUAAAAUCCGAAAAACAAAUCAUAGAUUACAUAGUUACAGGAAUAUAUUCCAGAUGAAUCAAAUUCUACAAUUUAGCCUGUACGAAUUAUAUUGCUUGAUUGGUGGCAGUGUUAGUGUUUUUUCA